UCCCCCGUGCGCACGGAUCCACACCGCUCCGUUUUGGACAACCCUUUUUCACCGUUCGCUCCUUCUCUCGUGACUGAACCGCUCUUGGAAUGGACUUGUAUUCUUCUACCACAACUAUUUUCCUAUAAACAUUUCCUUGCCCUAACCAUGUCAAGCUGGAUCGCACUGAAGGACGCUUGUAUGAAGCUGGUGGUCGAUGUGGAUGAAGCCCAGAGAAUGAGGUUGUAAGCUCAACUGAGGACCUAAGGAAGAGGGAGUUGCUUCUGGAAAGUCACCAAAUUGCGAAAGUCUCUUCAAAUAUUGAACGCACCUAACCAGGAUUACCUUCGCCAACUAAGACUCCACUCCCUCCCCUCACCACCAUGUCCUCCCACCAUUACCCCUCCCUUCUCCUCCUCCCAACCCUGUUCCUCCUCACCUACUCCAGAACCUUCUCGUCAUCACCAUCCUCCUUCCUCUCCUUCUCUCCACCCGAAGGAGGGCUUACGCAUUUAGUGGUCAACAACAAAACCGGCGAGAUCUACCUUGGUGCUGUCAACUGGAUUUACAAGCUAUCGAGCAACCUCACCAAACUUCGCAGCCAUGUUACCGGACCAGUCACCGACAACCCACGCUGCUACCCGCCACCCGGAGUCCAAUCUUGCCCUCACGAAUUGAUCCAAACCUCCAACGUCAACAAACUCCUCCUACUUGACGCUGCCCACAAUCGGCUAAUUGCUUGCGGGAGUACUUCUCAAGGGAUAUGCCAGUUUCUUCGCCUGGAUGACUUGUUCAAACUUGGCGAGCCCCAUCAUCGCAAGGAGCACUACCUAUCCAGCGUGGCCGAAGCAGGUACCAUGUCUGGUGUGGUCAUCUCUCCAGAUAUCUUUGGCGGCGGAGGUAAGCUUUUUGUUGGAACGCCCAUUGACGGAAAGUCGGAGUACUUCCCAACCUUGUCAAGCCGGAAGCUGAUGUCCAACGAGGAGAACGCUGAUAUGUUUAGCUUUGUCUACCAAGAUGAGUUUGUGUCAUCACAGUUGAAAAUUCCUUCGGACACGCUGUCGAAAUUCCCAGCUUUCGACAUCUACUACAUCUACGGUUUCAACAGCGAGCAGUUUGUUUACUAUCUCACCCUCCAACUGGACACUCAACUUACCUCACCAGAUGCCAGCAGCGAACAAUUCUUCACCUCCAAAAUCGUGCGUCUUUGCGUUGACGACCCAAAGUUCUAUUCAUAUGUUGAAUUCCCAAUCGGUUGCACGAAAGACGGCGUGGAAUAUCGUUUGGUUCAGGAUGCCUAUCUAGCCAGACCGGGAACUCGCUUGGCACGGUCCCUAGGUAUUCCUGAGCAUGAGGAGGUCCUAUUCACAGUCUUCGCCCAGGGUCAGAAAAACCGAGCCAAGCCGCCCAAGGAGUCUGCGCUCUGCCUAUUCACGAUGCGCAGGAUAAAAGAGAAGAUUAAGGAGAGGAUUCAGUCGUGUUACCGAGGGGAGGGGAAACUGUCGCUGCCCUGGUUGCUCAACAAGGAGCUAGCCUGCAUCAACUCGCCAUUGCAGAUAGACGACAACUUCUGUGGCCAGGACUUCAACCAGCCUCUAGGGGGCACCUCCGCGAUCGAGGGCAUUCCUCUGUAUGUGGACAAAGAGGAUGGGAUGACUUCUAUUGCUGCAUACGACUACCGCGGACACACUGUGGCCUUCACUGGCACCCGUAGCGGACGUAUCCGAAAGCUGCUGGUGAACUCGGUGGUGCAGUCGGCCCUGCUGUACGAGAACGUGGCUGUGAGCGACGGCAGCCCCAUCCUCAGAGACCUGCUGUUCAGCCCGGACCACCAGUACCUCUACGCGCUCACUGAUAAACAGGUGACACGGGUGCCAGUGGAGAGCUGUGAGCAGUACACUUCCUGUGGAGAGUGUCUGGGAUCAGGAGACCCUCACUGCGGUUGGUGUGUGCUCCAUAAUGUAUGCUCGAGAAAGGACCGCUGCGAGAGAGCCGAAGAACCCCAGAGAUUCACCACUCGAGCAGAACAGUGUGUGCGCCUGUCUGUACAACCACACAACGUCUCUGUCACCAUGUCUGAAGUACAGCUGAUCCUCCAAACCCAGAACGUGCCUAGUCUGUCUGCAGGGGUGAACUGCUCUUUUGAGGACUAUGUGGAGACAGAGGGACGCAUCUAUGGAGGUCGUGUCUUCUGCCUGUCCCCAGCUACCAAAUAUGUGGCUCCCAUCACACGAGAUCAAGGUGACCAGCGCAUCAUCAAGCUCUACCUGAAGUCCAAAGAAACUGGGAAGAAGUUCGCCAGUGUUGACUUCGUCUUCUACAACUGCAGCGUGCACCAAUCAUGCCUGUCCUGUGUCAAUGGAAACUUCCCCUGUCACUGGUGCAAGUACCGGCACAUGUGCACCCAGGACGCCAGCGACUGCUCCUUCCAAGAGGGGCGCGUCAACACUUCUGAGGAGUGUCCUCAGAUCCUGCCCUCCACACAGAUCUACAUCCCGGCCGGAGUCAUGCGCCCCAUCACUCUGCUGGCCCAGAACCUCCCCCAACCCCAGUCUGGUCAGAGGAACUACGAAUGCAUCUUCCACAUCCAGGGGAGCAGCCAUAGUGUGCCAGCGCUCCGAUUCAACAGCACCAGCAUCCAGUGUCAGAAGACCACGUACGACUACGAAGGAAGUGACAUCAGCGACCUCCCAGUUGACCUCUCCGUGGUGUGGAACGGGAACUUCGUCAUCGACAACCCAUUCAACAUCCAAGCUCACCUAUACAAGUGCCGCGCCCUCCGGGACAGCUGUGGCAUGUGCCUGAAGGCCGACCCCAGGUUCGAGUGCGGCUGGUGUGUUCAGGAUAAGAAGUGUUCCCUCAGACAGGAGUGCACCAGCGGAGGCAACUCCCACCUCCCCCUCACCCUGUCUGAACCUGGAUGGAUGCAUCCCUCCUCCGGGAACAGCCGCUGCACCCACCCCAAGAUCACUAAGUUAUUCCCGGAAACAGGGCCUCGUCAGGGAGGCACCAGGGUGACCAUCCUGGGGGAGAACCUGGGUCUGCAGUUCAGGGACAUCCAGAUGGGAGUCAGGCUGGGGAAGGUGCCGUGUGUCCCCAUCGAGGACGAGUAUGUCAGCGCUGAAAGAAUUGUGUGUUUGCUGAAUGAUGCAACUGGAUACAGGGUGCAGGAAGCCCAAGUGGAGGUGUGCGUAAGAGACUGUAUCAGCGACUACCGAGCCCUGUCGCCCCGGCCCUUCACCUUUGUGACUCCUUUCUUCACCCGGAUCCAGCCAUCCCAGGGGCCCAUCUCUGGAGGGACCCGGGUCACCAUCGAGGGAGCCUACCUGAACGCGGGCAGCUACGUGAAUGUCAACAUUGGACAGCAGCCCUGCCACUUCAAAAAGAGAAAUGCUCGUGAGAUAGUGUGCGUGACCCCGGCUGGACUGGCCCCUGGCAGUGUGUCUGUUCUGGUGGACAUAGACGACGCAGAACUCAGGAACCCAGAAGUGAAGUUCAACUACACCGAAGACCCCACUGUUCUCAAGAUAGAGCCCGACUGGAGCAUCGCCAGUGGUGGUACUCUGCUGACUGUGAGUGGAACUAAUCUGGCAACCAUCAGGGAACCAAAAAUCAGGGCCAAGUAUGGACAGGCCGAAUCAUUCCACAACUGCACAGUCUACAACAACUCGGUCAUGGUGUGCCUGGCUCCCUCCGUGGCCGAUUCCGAGUUAGGAUUUGCUGAGACGGGAACGGGUCCGGAUGAGAUUGGAUUCUACAUGGACAACGUGAACGCCUUGGUGGUGGUCAAUGAGACUUUCAGCUACUACCCAGAUCCUGUGUUUGAACCGCUGAGCCCAACCGGGAUAUUGGAACUCAAGCCCACGUCUCCACUCAUCCUCAAGGGCCGUAACCUGAUCCCAGCAGCUCCAGGGAACAAUCGUCUGAACUACACGGUACUGAUCGGGGAGACGCCCUGUGUGCUCACUCUGUCUGAGAGUCAGCUGCUGUGUGAAUGGCCCAACCUCACAGGACAGCACAAAGUCACGAUCCGUGCAGGAGGGUUCGAGUAUUCUCCCGGGACACUUCAUAUCUACUCCGACAGUCUGCUCACUCUGCCCGCCAUCAUUGGCAUCGGAGGGGGUGGUGGUCUGCUCCUAUUGGUCAUCAUUGCCGUGCUCAUCGCCUACAAGAGGAAGUCCAGGGACGCGGACCGUACUUUGAAACGCCUGCAGCUUCAGAUGGACAACCUGGAGUCCCGGGUGGCACUGGAGUGCAAGGAAGCCUUUGCAGAGCUGCAGACAGACAUCCAUGAGCUGACCCAGGAGUUAGACGGUGCCGGGAUCCCCUUCUUGGACUACCGCACCUACGCCAUGAGGGUUCUAUUCCCGGGGAUUGAGGACCACCCGGUGCUCAAGGAGAUGGAGGUACGGGUGCCAGCAAAUGUGGAGAAGGCUCUGACGUUGUUUGGCCAGCUGCUCACCAAGAAGCACUUCCUGUUGACUUUCAUCCGCACCCUGGAGGCUCAAAGGUCCUUCUCCAUGCGGGAUAGAGGAAACGUGGCUUCCCUGAUCAUGACCGCACUGCAGGGGGAGAUGGAGUACGCUACGGGGGUCCUAAAGCAGCUAUUGUCCGACUUGAUUGACCGCAACCUGGAAAGCAAGAACCACCCUAAGCUACUGCUCAGGAGAACGGAGUCGGUGGCAGAGAAGAUGCUGACCAACUGGUUCACCUUCCUCUUAUACAAGUUCCUCAAGGAGUGUGCUGGCGAGCCACUGUUCAUGCUCUACUGUGCCAUCAAGCAGCAAAUGGAAAAGGGUCCCAUUGACGCCAUCACUGGAGAAGCCCGCUACUCUCUGAGCGAGGACAAACUCAUCCGACAGCAGAUCGACUACAAAACACUGACACUGCACUGUGUAAACCCGGAAAACGAGAACUCAUCGGAGGUGACGGUGAAGGCUCUGAACUGUGACACCAUCACUCAGGUCAAAGAGAAGCUGCUGGAUGCUGUGUACAAGGGCAGCCCCUACUCCCAGAGGCCCAAGGCUUCAGACAUGGACCUGGAAUGGCGUCAGGGCCGAAUGGCUCGGAUCAUUCUCCAGGACGAAGAUGUCACUACGAAGAUCGACAAUGACUGGAAGAGACUCAACACUCUGGCCCACUAUCAGGUGACGGAUGGUUCCGUGAUCGCCCUAGUGCCAAAGCAAAACUCUGCCUACAAUAUCUCCAACUCCUCCACCUUCACCAAGAGCCUCAGCAGAUAUGAGAGUAUGCUGAGGACAGCCAGCAGCCCUGACAGUCUGCGCUCCAGAACGCCGAUGAUCACCCCAGACUUGGAGAGUGGCACCAAACUGUGGCACCUGGUGAAGAACCACGACCACUCGGACCAACGCGAGGGAGACCGGGGCAGCAAGAUGGUGUCAGAGAUCUACCUGACCAGGCUGCUCGCUACUAAAGGUACACUGCAGAAGUUUGUGGAUGACCUCUUUGAGACCAUCUUCAGCACAGCGCACCGAGGCAGCGCUCUCCCAUUGGCCAUCAAGUACAUGUUUGACUUCCUGGACGAACAGGCCGAUAAGCACUCCAUCAACGAUUACGACGUCAGGCAUACAUGGAAGAGCAACUGCCUUCCUCUGAGGUUCUGGGUGAAUGUGAUAAAGAACCCUCAGUUCGUCUUUGACAUCCAUAAGAACAGUAUUACAGACGCCUGUCUCUCUGUGGUGGCCCAAACCUUCAUGGACUCCUGCUCCACCUCAGAACAUAAACUGGGCAAAGACUCGCCCUCCAACAAGCUGCUCUACGCUAAAGACAUCCCCAACUACAAGAACUGGGUCGAGAGGUAUUACUCGGACAUCUCCCGAAUGCCCGCCAUCAGUGACCAGGACAUGAGUGCGUACUUGGCCGAGCAGUCCCGCCUCCACCUGAGCCAGUUCAACAGCAUGUCAGCGCUGCACGAGAUCUACUCCUACAUCGUCAAGUACAAGGACGAGAUCCUGACAGCGUUACAGAAGGACGAACAGUCUCGCAGGCAGAGGCUACGUGGCAAACUCGAGCAGGUCAUCGACACCAUGUCCAUGACCAGCUGAGAACCGGCCAAUCACAGCCCCCCGCCCUCCGCCAGCCAGCCUCGAACUGGCCAAUCAACACGCCUUCCCUGACGAUCUUGUGACGCAGUGACUUUUUAACCUUUAAUGUCCCUUUCACUACAAAACAAUGGAGCACACUGGAGAGUUUAAAACCGUACAGGGAUUGGCUUCUUUUACUUCUUCUGAACUGCCAUGCCAGGCCCGACACAACCAAAUCAAACCUGCCCUACAGCCUCAGUGGAUAUGGACCUAAGGCGGAAGCACCAGUUGGGGUUUUCGGCCAAUCAGGCGAGACUGGUUCACCGCAGUAGUGACCAAAAACUCUGGAAAUACUGUACAAGUGCAAAAUGUUUCUUCGGGACGAUUUGCCAAGAAUAACCCAGGAUCUGUGCUUCUAUUGUGGUGACGGUAGAUAAACGGCCAUGGUAAAGAUUCAGUUCGAUUGCUUAGGACACUUCAGCAGGUGGACACAGGCAAACCAGGACUAUUCAGGGAAUUUCUUUGGAAAAAAAACGCCCAUAGUCCGACAAUUUGGAUUUUUGUUUUCUAUUCCUGCUCUCCUCAGUGCUGUGCCACUUGUGUUAACUGCUGAAUUUGCACAACAAAGCUGAAUCAAAAAGAGAGAAGAGGAUAUAUGAAUCUCUAUAUAGAUAUAUAAAUAGAAACUUUUUCAAAUGAAUGAAGAAAAAAAUUGUUUUCCAUUUUAAUGUACAAAAGAUCGAGGAUUUGAUAAUUAUGAAAAACACAAGGAAAAAGUCGUCCUGUGCCAUGUUUUACUUUGAAUGUUGUUUAGUGCAAAGAAAACUUUUUUUGAUUAGAUGAAAUGUGCUAUGAAAUGUUGUCAUGCUUAGUGACUGAAAGUGAAGAGUAUAAAAUAGGCAAAUCUCUCUAUAUAUAUUACAGACAGCUUCUAUAUUUCAUAACAAAGGCAGUGAUUGGUUCCACAAGUCCAUAGGGGUUUUUGGUUACUCUAAACAGUGUUAUCAGUCAGAGAAAACGGCUUGCUAUGUAUACAUUAUCCAUGAGUGAUGGAAAUCUAGUGAUAAAAAUCUACCAUCUUAGCAAUUAACAAAGCAAACAUAUCAUCUUAAUCAUAGACAUUCAUAGACGCAACUGGCGACUCGCAGCUGGGAUCUGGCUCCGGUGUUCCAAAAUCUUACUGGACUAGCCAAGUUGCUAAGCGAAUGAUAGCAUUAGCAUUGAACACUGCAUCUACUAAUUAUAAGUCUAUGUUCUGGAUGGGCAAAAGUCCUCACAAUAUUAUCUAUAAACAGGAAACUGAAACUUGUGAAUUGAAAGAAAAAAAAAACUGUAUAUUUUUAACAUCACGCAAGCAAGUUUCCUGAUUAUUGAUAUUUUUCCAUUGCAGUUUAAGGGAGAAAAAUACAUCAAAAUCAUCUAUCAAAUAUAUUGCAGGUAACAGAUGUGGACAUAAGAUUGUGUAAAUUCAACUAUGAAAUAGAUUUGUCGCUUACUUGGUGGACACUGGUGGACCAAAUUAGACUAUUGCAAUUCAGCUAUAUCUUGCAUUGAAAUCAUUGUUUAAAGUAACCAAAAACAAACUUUUUUAAAAUUCUUACCAUAUAAGCUAGCGUUAAAGUCGAGUAGAAGGCUACGGCUUAGCUCUGGCAGAGAAAUCUAUUAUCCAGGACCAUCCAUGUUGUUUUGCAGCAAACUGUUUUCCACGGCAUUCCGAAAUGAAGGGCACUUUCUUCCCGGAACGCCGUCAGUAUUGUAUUUUUACCAAGUGAAGGUGGUACCGAAAGCUGAAGGUUUCUCAAAUGUGAAUGUGGUGUAAGUAAAAGAAACUGUAGCUCGAAUUUUUUGUGAGUGUUUUGUACCAGUCGAAGGCCUUUCUCUUAUUUCUGUUCUGUGCUUUUAUCUGAAGAAAAAGAAACGUUUCAAUGUUUUCGCUUCCUUUUGGGUACGUGCUGCUUUGAAACGCCAUUUGCAGUGCUUCAUUGUGGUUUAUUAGGACACAUUCCUCGCUCAUGGGUGCAAGGCUACACCGAAACGCCCGAUAAUACACCGAAAGACGGGCAGGUGACGCAGUGCGGAUGUGCCGGUCUCAUGGUUUUAACAGGCUUUUACACUGCGAUGGAGAAAAAAAUGACAAAAUGACAAAUCCAUUUCUCCAAGCUGAUACCAAUGCCUCCGUAUAGAUUUGAGUUCUUCCAUAUCAGUGCUUCCCAUUAGCGGAUGUUUUGUUCAAAUACAAGCCUCGUCUCAUCAGGAACAAAAAGCCAUUUCAUUGUGAAGUGUUUAGUUGGUAAGUGCAGCCUCAAUAAGCUCUCUCCCUUUUGUUGACAGUCGAGAACAAUGUGGACGGACGAGUUAGCAUAGCAUCUUGUCAGCCAAAACAUUGUGACCAUUUAAUUUGACACUGCUUCCGUUGAAACGUGAAUUGUGUAAAUUGUAUAUAUAAAUAGAUGGAAAUGUAAAUAAAUGAAAACUUAUUGUGGAAUUUUGAAAGUGUCCAGUUGUACAUACAUAUGAUUAAGUCUAGAAAAACGUACUAUAAUAUGUUAGCUUGCUUGUAAACCAUGUUGCACUUCAUUUUACUGUCAAGACAGACUGCCUUAUGCUACUAUGGCUCAUGAGUUAUAGCUAAAGCACAAUUUAUAUUCAAAAUUAUGUUUUUCUGAGAAAAAAAAAAUGAGAAAUUAGGUUUUACAAUAUUGACCAAGACCUAAACCGCAACUAAAUUGCUACCCUACUAGUUGAUUGUAGUCAUAGCAGCUGUUUAUUUGCUGACUUGGAUUCCUUGUGGUCAUAAUGUUAUGGCUGAUCCUAACCAUAGAUCAUGGUAAAACAUGUUUUUAUUUUAAAAUGGAUAGGUUUGGGUAGCGUUGAGUUGUAGACAUUAUUUUAUUUAUUUUUUUAUUUCUUUGAUAUAACCAUGCCAUAAAACCAUGUCAUAUGUAACGUACUGUAUGAGCUUUGAUACUUGAACCAGUGAUUUUAAACAGGGUACAACUCCAUACAGGGCACUGACCAAAGCAUUUAUCCAUCACCCGUUUUUAGUUAGUGGUCAAGAUAUUGCAUUUCAACAUAGAUUCAGCUAUUGAAACGAUUUGAAGCACUGCACUGAUUUUUUUUUUUUUUAUUGUACAGAACUUGUAAAGAUAUUUGGAUUUCUUUCAGAGUAGAAAAAGUUGAUAAGGCAGCCUUGGUCUCGUAUGCUUUUGUUUCUUCGUUUGGCGUCUUGUUUUGUGCUUCACCACUUGUUGGGGUAAAAAGAUGAAAAGAGCGGGGCGAGGCAGAGGAAGUCCUUUUGAAGGCCCUGCUAUGGUUUUUCAUUUUCCAUUCCGUUGCAUCUGCGCCGUUUGGCUUUCCCCGAUCGAAAGAGACAGCCAUGCCAAGAGGAAGGAGGAGGAAGAACUCGGAGUGUCCGCAGAACUGCUCCCUGUGCCUUGGCUGCCUCCGCCCUUAUCAGAGAAUGUCUUAGAGGCUUUGCUGUUACGUUUAAUAUUAUGGAAAAUGAUUAAAAGAAAGAGCAAAUAUUUAUUAAAAGCCAGUCUUUUCUUAUAAAAUGUGAAACUGGACCAGUGAUGUAGAUGUCCAUGUGGUAAAUACAGGGUUAGAUGCAGUGAACUGAAAUUAUUGUAUGGGAAAUGGCCCCUAAAAAAUCUAAGCAAAAUACCUUUCAAAGAAUUGCUUGCUUUGUUACCUAGUUGGUAGUGGCCCCUAUUGAAAAUUUGUUAGAUUGACCAGCUCUUAAUUGCAUGUAGUUGAUAAGGAUUGGGCUAAAAUUCAUUGUUUUUUUUAAAAGCACAAUACUUCAGCAAUCAAAGUAAUUGAAAAAUAUUAUAUAAUGUGUUAUCAUCUUAAUUACUACCCCAUUGCGUAUGUGAAUGGUGUAUUACGAAAGCCAUGCAAACGGGCCAGAGUACUAAUUUGAAGUUUGGGUUUAAAUUUUGGACAAAGCAGCAGUUACUGUCUCCCAUCAGACUUCAGCAGUGAAUACCAUGGUGGUACUGAAUGUCCAUGAACUUCAGGGAGCCCUUCAGAUCAAACUGAGAAUCUGGGUUGAUUUAUUGGCGCCUGACUGGAUACUGGAGUGUCUGGAGCUUAAAUACCUCCUUGUAGCUUCAUCUCACAGAGUGCAUAUUGGAACAACUCAAUGUGUCCAAAACGAAUCUCACACUGCGUUGUAAUGUCAUGUGUGUAUAGGUGACCAGAGAAGAAACAGUGGUCGAAUCAUUUAAAAACAUAUUAGGCAAAAUAGAUUUUUUUUAACCUUUUAUCCAUGUUGACCCCUUAUUUGAACACUCAAAAAAACUAAAAAAACUAAUUCCCAUUUCUGACAGUAGGUGCUCCAGUGCCUAAAUACCUCUGUGUAAACAAAGGUGAAGUUUAGAAAGUAUAUUUUAAGUUUGAAAAUGUGAAAUACUUAUUCUAAGGUGACCAAAAUCAGGUUUAAAAGAGAAUUAAAGACACAAGAAUGCACAAUGUGUUCUUAAAGAAAUAGUGUAUAUUUGAUGAUUGAAAAACACGGAAAUUCAUCUCAAAUUUCAAAGUGUACUUAUUCAGAGACUGCUCACGCCCGUGGAUUGAAACAAGUCUCCUCCACGCACUGAAAGCAGAGAUUCUAAUGUAAGAUCUGAAGGGGACCCGUGUUAAAUAAGCUUAUUUGAGUACAGAAGCAUUAUGACAGCUCUUCACCUCCAUAGACUCACCACCUCACUACCUUAAUACUUCCCUUAUCCGACAUGCUCAGUCUGUCCCUGCCCCCAUCUUCUCUCCACCUGCUCACUGCGCUGUGAUGAAAGUGGAACUCAGAAGGAGCGUGGGACAUAAAGUACCUGCACAGAUUAACCAAGGAGGCAAACUUUCAUACUUUGUGAUUUCUGCUCUACCUUUUUAAGAGUUUGAGACUUGAAGCUGCUGUGACAGGUCCGUUUCACGCCGGUGUCUGUAAAUAUCCGCCUCUUUCCUAUUUUGCAGAUUUAUUACGUGUA